CUUUCUAUCAGUUUGUGAGACAGAGAGUAAGAGAGAAAAGAGGACCAAGUGUUGAUUUCGCGAGUUAGAUUCAAUGGAAGGGAUCACAGAAGGAGUAAACAGCAUGGGCUUGGAGGUUGAUAACCAGAAGAAGAAUCGGAUUCAGGUUUCCAACACUAAGAAACCAUUGUUCUUCUACGUCAAUCUCGCCAAGAGGUACAUGCAGCAGUACACAGAUGUGGAGUUGUCUGCACUUGGAAUGGCCAUUGCUACUGUUGUUACCGUAGCGGAAAUAUUGAAGAACAAUGGUUUUGCUGUUGAAAAGAAGAUCAUGACUAAGACAGUGGAUAUCAAGGACGAUUCAAGAGGACGUCCUGUGCAGAAAGCCAAGAUUGAGAUAACGCUCGCCAAGUCUGCCAAAUUUGAUGAGUUAAUGGCUGCGGCCAAUGAGGAGAAGGAGGCUGCAGAAGCUCAAGACCAGAACUGAUAUCUUUUGUUUUGUAUGUGUUUCUGUGGACGACCUGAUUUCUUUGUUUCGUAGAUCGCUGCGCUGCUUAAUGUUAGAACACUUCAAUUUGUUUUUUACUUUGCUUAGUAGGUGUAGAAGAGAUUUUGGUUGCAUAACGUUCGAAAUAUAAAUCCGAUUCGAAACCAUAAAUAUUAC